CAUAAAAGCAAUGAAACAGUGAUCAUAGGAACUGUGACCGAAUUUUCACAAUAAACGACGUAAACAACAUGUACCACCAGAACCCUGCAGCCAUAGCUGGCUGCAUGAGUCACUCCACAACAGCAGGAGCAUCAGUCGGAGUAUCAACAUUUUUCAAUGCACCUUUAAGAUCAGCGCACUAAAUCAAAACACAGAUCAUACUUCAUGUAAGCUGACGUGCGCAGCGAUCGCUGUCGUGGUGGAGUUGAUCGUAUUUUACUGGGAUAAUCCCUUUUGACUCCACACCAAGCUGUCUUUUUGUGCCAUGUAUAAGGUGCUACAUUCGUGAACGAAUGCAAUGAAAAUCAGGUUGAUUCACGAGAACAGCAUGUUCUUUUUCUGCCAUAACAGAGAAAGAAUGUAUAUAUAACGUGACAUUUUGGCAGACUGGCCCAACUUUAUUUAUGCCCAUAGGAUAAUGAAAGAUAAUGCAUAAGAAUAGGGUAAAUCUAUUCUUAUAUUUUCACACACACUCACACAGACCCACAGACUCACAGAGACCCACAGACUCACAGAGACCCAGGUCACGUGACUGACCCCUUCGCCCCGCCCCCUUUCAUCUUCUCUCCCCCGAGCCCCGCCCCCUGGCCACGCCUCCUGCGUCACGUGUCCACGGGCCCUGACAUCCGGGGCCCUGACAUCCGGGGCCCUGACAUCCACAUCCGGGCCUCGCCUGAGCCAACACGUGCGCAGCCUGGGCCCUUCUUCCCGCCACUUCUCCGUCGACUGCCUGCAGAGGGGUCAAAGGGUGUGCUUGGACGUGGGAAACACAACGCGAGAACGAGAUGGACGUCAGCUGCCACCACAACGAGACGAUCGCAUUCUUCUACCGCAACAGCAACAAGCCGCUCUACGACGAGUGGUCCUUCACCAGCACGCUGGUCAUGGUGCUCGGCCUGACCUUGUGCCUCGGCAUCAUUCUGGCCAACGCCCUCGUCAUGUUCGCCGUGUACAUCAACAAGACACUCCACCACCCCGUCUACUUUCUCAUGGCCAACCUGGCCGCGGCGGAUUUCUUUGCCGGAGUGGCGUACAUCUACCUGGUUGUCAACACGGGGCCCAACACUCGCAAGCUGUCGCUGGAGACCUGGAUGCUGCGCCAGGGGCUGAUCAACACGAGCCUCACCGCCUCCGUCGCCAGCCUCCUGGUCAUCGCCAUCGAGCGCCACGUCGCGCUGUUCCGGAUGCAGCGGAUGAGCGAGCGGCGCGUCGUGACGGUCGUCGCGAUCAUCUGGCUCGUGGCCAUCAUCGCCGGCGCCAUGCCCACCAUGGGCUGGAACUGCGUCUGCGACGUCGGCACGUGCUCCACCAUGGCGCCGCUGUACAGCGCCAGCUACGUCGCCUUCUGGGCCGGCUACAACCUCUCCAUGUUCCUCAUCAUGGCGGGGCUCUACGGCCACAUCUUCGUGAACAUGUGGAGGGACAGGAUACCCGUGCUGCAGAAUAGCUCCAGGUGCUCCCGGAGGCAAGACGCCCCCGUGAGCUUGCUCGUAACGGUCACCAUCAUGUUGGGAGCCUUUAUUGUGUGCUGGACGCCGGGCCUGGUGAUUCUGCUGCUGGAUUCCUUCUGCUCGGACUGCAACGUCCUGGCCUUCGAGAAGUACUUCUUGCUCAUAGCGGAGCUCAACUCCGCCAUGAACCCCAUCAUCUACUCGUUUCGGGACACGGAGAUGAUCGCCACUUUCAAGCGCAUCCUGAGCUGCCGAAAGGCGGGAUGCGUCGCAGCGAGCGGCUCCGAAAAAUCAAUUUCCACGUCGAAUCCCAACCUGGUUACGGAGAUCGGUCACGUGACCACCGCGAGUGCGAUGAAGAUGAAUCAGAUUGUCAUCUAAUAUCUAAUUGGGCUAACCAUGCAUGUUUUGAUAAUUGU